AUGAAAUAUCUGAAGUUAGAAAUCCAGAUACCUAGAUCCCAGUUCAAUAGUUUAAAGGUAACUAAACCUGAAUUUCAGAAAAGGUUUUUAUGUGGAUAUAAUAUAUGGAAAAACGGAGAUCGAUCAAAGUCAAUACCAACUCGGAAACUCCAGAACCUACCUUCCAUCACACGUCCAUCUUUACAUUCUUUCGUAACACGAAACGUGGAUCUAACGUUCUACCUAUACAUUGCACCCAAACUAAUCAGCCCGCAUAAAAGACAAUUAUUAUCCAAAAUGAAAUUUCUUAAUUAUAUAAUUUUUCUCAAAAUAUGGUUACUUUUAUUCCAUGUUAUUGUAUGUAUUGGCGGCUACGGAAAAACUUCGUACGAUCAAUUGGAUAGUGACUACAAAGAUGAAGUAGAACAAGAAAUAGUCAAAGCACCUUUGAGUUUCAUGCCAGUUUGCAAACCUCAACAAAUACAUACAUUUUCUCAAAAACAAAUUCGAUGUGCAUGCGGGAUUAAGUGUCAAUACCUAUGUCAAACAAAGACGACAAAGGAAAAAGAAGGUGAACAAAGAAAAACAUGCAGAAGAGUAUGUCGUCAAAAACCAUGUUACCGGCCAUCAGUACACAAAGUUUACCACUAUAGCUUAGCAGGUGGUCUUUGUCGAAUGUGGAAUGUUUGUACAUAUCAUGCGAAGUGUGAAGGCAAAACACGUAGAUGGGUACAAUAUCAUCUUUCUUCAUGUCAAAGAGCAAAUACACGACACAGAUACAAAUUAUGGUUUAAAGAUAUAUAGUUAUUAUAAAAAUAUAUACAUCUAUAUUUACCACUGACAACUUCCAUUCUCUCUUUUGUGUGGUCAAUAAAUAUAAUAAAAUUCUCUUAAA